UGCUUUGGCAUUUCUCCGGGCUGGGAAGGGUUGACCUUGUUCUGCUUGGGGGAUUGAAUUUGAAACCCUAGGAAGGAGAAAACCGCUGUAAUGUUUGUCGUUCUACACAUUUCUCUCUGCAGCCAAAUCCUCCAUUAAUGAACAUUAGCAUGCACGCAUGCCCUCUAUAAUCCUCACUCUACCUGAUAGAAAUCAUUCCUUUUUUAUAACCUUUUUAGAUAAGUCAGAGAGAGAUUGGAGAUUGAACGCUAAUCUUUCUCUGCGUCACCUCUGUCUUAUUCUGGUUAUAGAGAGACAAGAAAGAACAAGGUUUUUCUUUUGUUUUUGUGUUUUGGGGUUUGGUUUGGGCUUUUGUUUUCAAUUAUUAUAGCUAUAUGAUUUUGUAUAAGUUAGUUUUUUUCCCCUCCCUUCUGUUUUGAUGGAUGUUUGAUGGUUAAAGAGAGUGUUUUGAUUGAAAUUAGAAUCGGGGUUUGUACUUAAAGCUUUGAUUUUGAAGGGUUUCUUCUCUCUAUAUUAUCUGAGAAUCUAUCAAAUGGGAAAGCCAACUGGGAAAAAGAAGAACCCGAAUUCACCCAGAGCCGUUGACGCCAAUGGUAAGCAGAGUAAACCCACGACGGAUCGGACAUCGAAGGCCUUCGAUGAAGACACAGCAAUGUUUAUCAACAUGGCGCAAGAGCUCAAAGAAGAAGGGAAUAAACUCUUUCAGAAGCGCGACCACGAAGGCGCCAUGUUAAAGUACGAGAAAGCUGUCAAGCUGCUUCCCAGAAACCACAUCGACGUCGCUUAUCUUCGAAGCAACAUGGCCGCUUGCUAUAUGCAAAUGGGUCUAGGUGAGUAUCCUCGAGCUAUCAAUGAGUGUAAUUUAGCUUUAGAGGUUUCGCCCAAGUAUAGCAAAGCUUUGUUGAAAAGAGCUAGGUGUUAUGAGGCUUUGAAUAGAUUGGAUUUGUCUUUGAGGGAUGUUAAUAUUGUUUUGAGUAUGGAACCCAAUAAUAUGACGGCGUUGGAGAUAUUGGAGAGCGUUAAAAAGGCUAUGACUGAGAAGGGUAUUAACUUUGACGAGAAAUUAAUUAGUUUGGCUAAUGUAGAGCAGAGUGGUGCCGCCCGUUUGCGUAAGGUGGUGAAGGAGAAGGUAAAGAAGAAGAAGAAGAAUGAUAAAGAGGUGAAGAGGAAGAUAGAGGACCAGGAUAAGAUAGUUGUGGAGGAGAAGAAGGUGAGUUCUGUUAUCAAGGACAAAGAGGUGGUAAUGAAAACUAUUGAAAAAGAGAAGGUGCUUACAAAGGAUGUUAAAGAGGAGAAAGUGAUUACCAAGACAGUGAAGUUAGUCUUUGGGGAGGAUAUCAGGUGGGCACAGUUGCCUGUGAAUUGUAGUGUUGGACUGCUGAGGGAUAUAGUCAGAGAUAGGUAUCCUGGCUUGAAGGGUGUCCUUAUGAAAUAUAGGGACUCAGAGGGAGACUUGAUUACAAUCACUACUACAGAAGAGCUAAGGCUGGUAGAAUCGUCAAGUGAUUCUCAAGGGUCGCUUAGGUUCUAUGUUGUUGAAGUUGAGCCUGAUCAAGAACCAGCUUAUGAGGGGAUGAGAGUUGAAGAGGAGCUGCACAAGAUUGAUAAUAAACCAAGUGAUGCUGUUGAGAAUGGGAAUGUUGGGAAAGGUGUAGAUGUUGAAAAGGGACCAAUUUCCAUAGACGAUUGGAUUAUCCAAUUUGCACGGUUGUUCAAGAACCAUGUUGGCUUUGAUUCUGAUUCAUACUUGGAUCUUCAUGAACUAGGUAUGAAAUUAUACUCAGAGGCAAUGGAGGACACUGUGACAAGUGAAGAAGCACAGGAAGUUUUUGAUAUUGCUGCAGAUAAGUUCCAAGAAAUGGCAGCUUUGGCUUUGUUUAAUUGGGGAAGUGUUCAUAUGUCCAAGGCAAGGAAACGGGUGUUCUUUUCUGAAGAUGGUUCGAGGGAGUCUAUACUUGCACAGGUUAAGAAUGCAUAUGAGUGGGCAAAGAAAGAAUAUUACAAGGCAGGAACAAGAUACCAAGAAGCUUUAAAAAUUAAACCAGACUUCUAUGAAGGUCUUCUUGCACUUGGGCAACAGCAGUUUGAUGGAGCGAAGCUUUGUUGGUAUCACGCCAUUGGAAGCAAGCUGGAUUUAGAAAAUGGGCCCUCUGAGGAGGUCCUGGAUCUUUAUAACAAGGCUGAGGACUGCAUGGAGAAAGGUAUGCAGAUGUGGGAAGAGAUGGAGGAGCAGCGUCUAAACGGGCUUUCCAAAUUUGACAAAUACAAAGCCCAGUUGCAGAAAUUCGGGUUGGAUGGGCUAUUGAAAGAUGUAUCUGCCGAAGAAGCUGCAGAGCAGGCAGCAAAUAUGAGUUCACAAAUAUACCUCUUAUGGGGUACCAUGCUCUAUGAGCGCUCUGUUGUGGAAUAUAAGCUAGAGCUACCCACUUGGGAAGAAUGUUUAGAGGUUGCAGUUGAGAAGUUUGAACUUGCUGGUGCUUCUCCUACAGAUAUAGCUGUUACGAUAAAGAACCAUUGUUCCAAUGAAACUGCUCUUGAAGGAUUGGGGUUCAAAAUUGAUGAGAUUGUACAGGCGUGGAAUGAGAUGUAUGAUGUUAAGAGGUGGGAGACUGGUAUUCCAUCUUUCAGGCUGGAGCCAUUGUUUCGUCGGCGGGUUCCAAAACUUCAUUAUAUGUUGGAGAAUGUUUGAUUUUUUGUUGAUGAUAGUUGAUUAUUCUUUAGGAGCAUCGGCAAUGCUUCAGUUUUCAGUAGUUCAUCUUUCCAAAUGCUAUGUUUCUACCAAGUAAGAUAGGUCAAUUGUUCUUGUGAAUUGUUUUCUAUCCUGAGAUUGUUGUUUGCUUUGGAGGCGAAUAACAGAAGUAUGUCUAAGUUUCUGUUUUGGGAUGAACCUGAGUUUGUGAUUGGAUUUUCAAGGUUUUUGCCAAAAGCAAGUUGUUGAGCUGGUUAUAUCAUACUUGUGAUUUUUAUAGUUUUUGUUUUUGCCCCCUUCUAUAGUAUAGUUUCUGUAAUUCACAAGUUGAAAUAGUGGUAUAUGAUUGAUUUGUUCAUUCCAGAGAAUAAGUGGUAAAUACAGAAGGUUUGUUUUUCAUACGGGCUUGGCGCCUGUUAUAGAUUGUUAGCUUGUCUUUCUGUAACAAUUUGUUGGUUUUCUAAGGAAUAAAGCAGUGUUCUUCCGUA